GGUAACACUGCAACUUAGACAGCCAGGCGGAGACUGAGUGCAGUUCCUGCAAAAUAAUCUUAAAGUCUCUGCGGCAGGGCGUCCACCGCCAGGUGGUAUAAAGUCGUCGAAAUAAUCUAACUUCACGUUCGCUUAAAUGUCAUUUUCAAAUCAUAUGCUUUUCAAUCCUACUACCUAGCCGGAGUAGCAACUCGGAUAGCUGGCUACUGGUACGAGAGAAAGCCUACGCAGCGCACGGGAUAGAUACUGAAAAAUAAGACUGUCCCGAGUUGAAGAACAGCAGCUAUGGAAGUUGUGGUGGAGUAUGACUAUGAAGCGGCCCACGAGGACGAGCUGACCCUGAAGCCAGGGGAGGUCAUCAAGAACGUACGCAGAGUGGAGGAAGAGGGAUGGAUGGAGGGCGAGCUGAACGGGAAAAGAGGCCUUUUUCCAGACAAUUUUGUCAAGGAACUGAAAAAAGUAUCAAAAGAAAACAAAGAGGAUGCGAAAGAAGAGUGUCAACCCACACGGCGAGUUGCUGGAAAUGUGGCCAGUCUUGUCCAGAGAAUCAGCACCUAUGACAUUCCAGCUGGCGGUUUCCAGCCCGGCUCCCAGCCCAGUGUGUCGAAAAAGAAGUCGAAGAAACGCCUUUGCAAGGCUUUGUUUGAAUAUGUACCCCAGAAUGAAGAUGAGUUGGAGCUUAAGAUGGGAGAUGUCAUUGAGAUCACAGAAGAAGUGGAAGAGGGAUGGUGGAGCGGUGUUCUUCAUGGAAAAUUUGGCCUCUUUCCCUCUAAUUUUGUAAAAGAAAUGGAGGAAAAGGAUAACGCUGACGGAGACAGUAACAUGGAAUCAGCCAGCAGCAGCAAGGACGACCACAGUUCUCCACCGUUGCCUCAUUCCGGCAAUGGGAGCAAAGCUCAACCCAAAAAGAUCAAAGGAGUUGGUUUUGGUGACAUUUUCAGCCAGGGCUCUGUAAAGCUUAAAGCUCGAACACCCUCAGAAGCAGAUGAGAAGAAAGAGAAGCCAGUACCAACUGCAGUAGGAACCCCCCACCCAGAGUCUUUGAAAACAGAGGAGGAAAGCAAAGCAAAGGUAAAAGAAUACUGCAAAGCUUCUUAUGCUUAUGAUGCCACAAAUCAAGAUGAACUCGACAUUAAGGAAGGAGACAUCAUUGAGAUUCUCUCAAAGGACACAGGAGAACCUGGGUGGUGGAGAGGAGAAAUAAAUGGGAGAGAGGGUGUUUUCCCGGACAACUUUGUGGUGGCGAUUUCAGAAACUGAUAAAGAGAAACCAAAGAAGCCCCCACCGCCUGUGAAAAUUACAGGCGAGAAGGUGGCUCCACCAGCGAAGCCUGCCGCCCCCGUGGUGCCACCCAAAAAGCCGAUUCCUCCACCGGGUAAAGGGCGCUCGGGAGUUGGACCUCCGAAACGACCGGACAAACCCUCGUCGUCAUCUCCUGCCAAUCCAGCUGCUAGGCAAAAUGGAGAGAUACCGUCCACAAAACCAAAGUUAGAUUUGGAAGCACCAUUACGUGUGAAAACGAAACCUUUGUCUGGUGACUGGGGAGAGAAGACUCCUGAAACAGCUGAUCUUAUGAGCUUUGAUGAUGUCUCCUCAACCUCCGAGAAGCUUUCCCAUCCAACUGCCAAUAGACCUAAGAUGCCUGGGAGGAGACUACCUGCUCACUUUGGCGGUGGCAAUUCUCCAAGCAAAGAACAAGCUGAUGGCAGUAUGGUUGCAGAGGAGGAUGAAGAUGUUAAGUGCAAUUUGACUAAGCCAUCAGGGCAUGGGAAGGUUACAACUGUGUCGUCAUGCAACAGUAAAGCCAACACUACAAUCUCAACCUCACUGGAAACCAAAUCCAGAGCAGAUGAUGAUGAGAAAACGCCGGAUUUGGAGCACUUAAGGACACAGAUGAAGGAGGUGCUAUUGACCGUGGAAUUAUUGAAGUCUCAUCAAAUGACGGAACUUGCAGAACUCAGAAGUGCUUUGGAGGAGGAGCGAUCAAAGCGAAUGGCUCUGCAGAUUGAGGUGGACAAGUUAAAGAAGAUGAUGCAGUCGACGUGAAGCUCAGAGGCAAAAGAUGGAGGACAUCGUUGAGCCUACAUUGUAAAGCGUCAGGACCAAGGACAACGAAGAAGAAGAGGAGGACGAGGAGGAGGAUGCCAUUCUUACACUCUUUUAUUCUCUGCUCUAUUUUGCAUUAUGGUUACAGGUUUGCACAUUAUUGUAAUUUAAGUAGAUACAUUUGUAAUGAAAUGGAAUAUGUAUAUGGGUUCUUUUGCCAACACUGCAAAAAAUGAAAAUCUUAGCAAGCUUAUUUUUCUAGUUUCAAGUAAAAACAUAUAGUCGAUCUUAAUUCAAGUAAGACUAUUUAGACCUCUUUUAAGACAUUUGUCCGUGGGGCGAGUUAUUUUUACUUGGUGAUAUAUUUUUUUUACUUAGCAAUAUUUGCUUGCUUGCAAUGAGUGAAAAAAUCUGAUAAAGUAAAAAUAACGUGUCCCACAGUCAAAUGACUUAAAAUAAGUCUAAAUAGUCCACGUUCUAGUUCUGAAUUCUAGUUAUUAGGUGUUUUUUUUUGUUUUU